AUGGGUUCUCAGAUACUGGAAAUACUGCGCCAGGGCAUUUGGGCAUCUCUAACAGGAGGAUGGUUUUAUGAUCCUCAUCAGAAUUUGUUUUGCAACACAGUGCAUUUAUAUAUAUGGCUGUUUCUGUUAUGUUUACCGUUUUCUGUAUACUUGUAUUUUCCACCAGCAAGCGUUGGCUGGUUGAUCUACUGCGCCCUAGUUGCGCUUCUUUUCACUGCCCUCAAAUUGAUCAAUCACGGCCUUCAUCACAUGUAUGACACUAACGAACUUAUUGUAGUACAAUCUACCGAUGAAACCGGAAAUUCUAAUGAGAAUACUGCGCCAGAGGAAGGUAUAGAAAUGCAGACGCUAGGCGGAGGAGCUGUUCCUCAGAGCGACAACGAUUCUGUAACUUCACUUGAAUAUCACAAGCCCAACAAUAGUACCAUAGAUUUAAAAGUUGAUGUACAUCGAAAGAACAGUUCAGAAUCUAGCAUGGAAGAUAGCGCUAUAUCUGCAAAGCAGAUUGAACCAGCUACAACAAAAUCCGAUCUUUGUGUAGCACAAACUGUGGAGGCUCCAGGGCCUUCAAAAUCCCGUCCAACACGAAGUCGGUCUAAAUCUGGCCAUAGAAGGGAACAAAGGAAUAAAACCAGGCGCGGCCAUGGACGAAUCGACGAACUUAUCGUCGAAGAAUCCAGGAAUCCUAGAGUAGAUAGUAACAUGCCUGUUCAUAUGCUAACAGAUGAGGGUCCAUUCGCUAAAGUGAGUAGAAGGUAUUACGAGUACCCACAUCGUCGUGGAUCCAGUAAUAGAGACUUUUUCAAAGAGUGGCUAUACUUGGAUGGAACUGAGGCUACAGUAGAACCUUAUCAAUCAAAGUUCGCACGUCAACUGAGUUCAGAUUCCAGAGAUAAUUCUGAACCCAGUGUGGGACCACCUUCUCCUAAGAAGCGAAUAGCACAGAGGCGAAGGUAUAACAAUUAUCAUGACGAAAGCUGUACAAAAUCUGCAAUGGCGUUGGCGACAGCUCAGUCGUCGAACAUGAGAAGGAAUUCGAACUCAACUAUGUCUACAAUACAAUUGCCACUAUUAAAUUCAACCGCUCAACUUGUUUCCCACAUGAGACGGCAUUCGAAUAACGCAGAUACAGGAUUUUUUGCAAGUGUUGAGUUAGGAGAAUAUAUGAUGGUUAAUGGAGAGGCUCCAGCAAACGAUGCUGAUAAAAAUAAGGGCAAAAGUCCUGGUGUUAGGCGCAUAAAGAGUGCGGCGUUAGAAAUUGGUUGUCCCCCUCCAAGUGUAUCAAAUUUGUCACCACACCCAAACAGUGCAGAGACGAUUGGUGGUCAAGUCUUAAAAAAUCCUAAAAGUGCAGUAAUACCACCGCCAAGUAAGUGCUUGACUCGCGGUCCUCAUUUAAACCUUUAUCCUAAAAACGAAUCAGGUGAAGGAUGUAGUCAUCCCUACCUUACUUAUGGAUCGGAAAUAGUAUACCCAAUUGCAGAAAUUUCCGAUGAAAUGCAAACAUCUCAGAAAGAAACUGACUUAGAUUCAAGUGGCGAAAGCUACAGUGAAUAUGAAGAUGAAAAGCAGUUUCGUGGAUUCGACUGGGAAGCUGAGCAAUCACCGGCUAUUCGAUCUAGCGAUUCCGAUUAUGAAAACAAUGGCUCUAGGUCACCACUUCUUGACAAGAUUAGCGAUGUAAGAUUAGUCCGUGCAAAAAAUGCAACUGAUUGCAAAAAACAUUGCUGUGAGAAACACCAAAACACAAAACAUCAACCAGAAUGUCCAAAUGAAAAAACGAAACAUGUUCGGCUAAAAAAACUUACCAAAACUGAUACUAGAUGUGAAAAGCAAACCAAUAACUGUGAAUGUACAUUUAUCUCCUGCGGUGAUUAUUUCGAUAAAGCUAGUGCAAGUUCUAAAGAUUUGCUUAUAGAGAAAUCCAGUUUGGAAUCAAAUGAAAACGCAGAUCCUGAAAAACAGAGUCAGGACAAAAAACCUGUUGAAAAAAAACUUUGGGAUCACGAUAUAUCCAAUACUAGUAGCAGUAGCAGUGAGAUAGAACGGCCUGAAGAUGACGUUAAAGAUGAAAAAAAUAACGCACCAGAAACUGAAGAAUCUCAAUUAACAUGCGAUAGCAAAAGUGCUGAUGAGAGAAGUGUUUAUAGUUUGGACUGGUUAUUCGAGGAAACUGCAUCUGAAACUAUAGAUGCCUGUUGUGCAGAAAAUUUAGGCCCAGAAGAGAUUUUAUGUCAUAAGCUAGCUAAUGCGCUAGGCGAAUCAUCUUCAAACAUACCAAAAAACUUAGGAGCGAUACCAAAGCAGAUAAAAAACUUAACACGUUCACGAACUUCCUCUCAGAAAGAGAACAAAAUGAGAGAUUCCAAAAAAGAAAAAGAUGAAAAUCAAGCUGAAGAAAGAAUAUUAAUGGAUGCGGUUGAAGCUCAAGCUGCUUUGGUACAGGGAUUGGAAUGUCUUUUUGCCGCUACUAACGCUAAUACUGUAGUUAUGCCUCCUCCGAACAGAGAUGAAAGAUCACGGAGUAAUAGACAAAGCAUAAGAGGAGAAAGGGAUAACUUACAUAAAACCAGAAAACGAUCUAUAGAGGAAGUAGCACAAACAUCGACUAAUACUUUGCUUCCGACUUCAAUGCCUUUACUAGCAGCGUUUCUUAAUUCAAGAGUAGAUUUUAUGCCUUGCUGUGUUACUGAUAAUCCACCCACUAUUGAAGGACAAACUGUGGAAGAGGGACAGAGAUUAAGGCCGUUGAUGGAUAGAAACCAUCGAAAUAGAGUCAGAAAAAUUAAGCGUUCGACUCGCCAACGUAAUAAUCCACCCCAGCAAAAUAAUUCUGAUAAAAAAGAUAAACCGUCUAGUUCUGAUAAUCCUAAUCCUAAUAUCAUACAUUUUGCUACGUCGUUCGAUGAUACCACCGACGGUGCGAUACAUUGUUUUAUGGAUGAAUAUGGUAACUGGAUGUCUUAUACUUUCGACAAAAACAGUUCUGGCAGAGCUCAAGCACAGCCUAUUCCUAUGCCCAAAAAAGAAGAAGGAACGCGCAGUAACAAUGCUAAAGCGAAUGAAAAUCCAGAUAAUUCCCAAGAAACUGCCGGCGAAGGUAGUUGCGGUUCAUUGGAAUCAGAGGCGGCAAACAGCGAGAGUAUAACUAAAACAAAAAGAGGUGACAGUAUAGACCAAAGUUCUUCUAACCAAGGGAGUAAUAAUCCCUUACUAUCCAGUAAUAACAAUGUAUCAACCGUUGUCCCAAUUAACACAAAUAGUUCAAAUAAACGCUUCUACGUGUUCGAUGGAGGGACCAGUUCGCACGCGGACCAACCUAGAUCUCCUGUUGCAUACGUUACAGAUAGCUUGUUAGAACAGAUAGAAGCAGAAAGGCAAUCACGAAUGGGACUUCCGAGUAUGCAUAUAAAUUAUCUAAUGAGUCUACAGAGGGCUCAGCAGCAAGUACAACAACAAACUGAAAAUACCUCGACCCAUAUCCCAAGCUUAAUUCCCUCGAUAGGGGAAGAGAGCGUUGACAUGAAUAUUAGAAGUAAGUUUUCUAAGUUAAUGGACGAUUUGGGCAAAACAAAAAAACCGAAGUCGAAAAGUUACUACAAGUUCAAACUAUCGAAAUGCUUAGAAGUUAAAGUCACAAUGGAUAGACUGAAACUGAUGGCACUUUUCGAUAGAAAUUUAACAUUCAGGGAAACUUUUAUAUCGAUAAUGUUAGCAGUGGCCGUUGCUGCAUUAGGAUCGAUGGUGCUAAAUCUCGGCUUCUACAGGGAUAUCUAUGCGUUCUGGUUCUGUUUCAUCAUGGCGGGCAGUCAGUAUUCCCUUCUCAAAAGUGUUCAACCGGAUUCAGCCUCACCAGUACACGGCUUUAAUAAAAUGGUUGUGUUCUCGCGUCCUGUGUAUUUUUGUCUAUGCACAGCUAUAUUAUGUGCUGUAAACAGUCAACUGCAACAAAUCUCGAUGCCUGAAGAGACUCAUUCUCGCACCAGGCGGAGUGCAGAUGAUACGAAACCCUUAACGAUAUAUGGAUUUGAAUUGAACGAACGAGAUUGUCUAUAUGUGAUACAAGAAAUUAUUUCCAAGUUCCUGUUGUUUUUCCCUUUAGCCUUCAGUUUGGGACUGUUUCCUCAAGUGAAUACAUUCCUAAUGUACUUAUUAGAACAGAUAGACAUGCAUAUUUUUGGCGGGAAUGCAACGAGUAGUUUGAGCGCGGCUGUGUACUGUGUGGUUCGGUCUGUAGCAGCCGUUGGUGUUUUAUACGGUUUUGCAUAUAGUGGACUGAUCGAAGGAAAAAAAACCCAACACCAAAAGCAUAAUAUUUUAUUUUCAAUAUUCUGCGGUCUCUUGGUUCCACUGGCGUACCAUUUGAGCCGGAGCGCGAGUGAUUAUACACUUAUAUGGAAUUUAAUAAAAAAACAUCUUCUGCCGCCUGAACUGUAUGUCGUUCAUAGUCCAGAAUGUUCGCCGAGUACAGAAAAAACCGAUCCCAAUACAUUGACCGAUGAGAAAAAGAAUAACUCCGAAAGUAACAUAUCAAAACAAAACUCUAUUGGAAGUUCAGCUUCUAAGAUUAACUUCAGCUCAGAAACAAACAUUGCGAGAACUCAGAAAAGGUCUCAAACAUCGAGCGUUAAUUCGUUAAAGAUGGACCCCAGGGGCGAUACCAUGAAUUCGACAAAUUCUUUGAAGGCCGAUCGUUCUGAAGCACCUACGGAAACAGAGGAAAAGAGUAGAGACUCGAACACGCUAAAUUCAAAUAAACCGGACAAUGAAAAGCCUGACGAAGACAUGGAAGAUCCUCUGCCCAAGAAACUGCAGGCCACCGUUAACGCUAGACUAAAGAACGACGUCAUAGUUUGCACCUUUCUCGGACUCUUCGUUUUUGGACUACAUUGCACAACAGUCUUCACAACGCUUAGACCACAACUUAAUACGGUCCUUUGGAUAAUAGCUGGUAUAAUGGGUUGGUUGUUGCACUACGUAACGCCCCAGUUACGAAAACAGCAACCUUGGUUGUGUCUCGCCGGACCAGUGCUAAAACAACAGGAACACGCCCAGUUCGAAGUCACGGAACCAGCUAGACUUAUGUAUUUUGAAAAGAUAUUCGUUUACCUCUGUUUCCUGGAGCGCAACGUUUUAUAUCCAGCGGUGGUCAUCGCCGCGACGACUCAAGACGCGCCCACGAUAGCAGAGAAAUACGGCGACGCGAUCGGUGCACUUAUUAUAUGCGUAUGCGCUUUGAAAUGCCUCAGAAACGCUUAUUCGGAACCAGACAGCCAGUACUUGAUACUAGUUUUCGCUGUUCUUCUUUUCCAACGUGACUUGAGCAGUCAAAAAGUGUCGGAAACAUUUCUUGUGGACUAUUUCGUGACGGCCAUUAUAUUUAGUAAAGUUUACGAAUUUCUCUUGAAGAUCCAAUUCGUGGUGACGUACAUAGCGCCGUGGCAGAUAACUUGGGGCAGUGCGUUCCACGCUUUCGCUCAACCCUUCUCUGUACCACAUUCAGCCAUGUUAUUCCUGCAAGCUGCCGUUUCAGCGGUACUCUCAUCGCCUUUGACUCCUGCACUUGGCAGCGCCAUAUUCAUGACGUCAUACGUGCGGCCUGUCAAGUUUUGGGAACGCGAUUAUAAUACGAAGAGAGUUGAUCAGAGCAAUACGAGACUUUCGUCUCAGUUGGAGAGGAAUUUGGGAGCCGAUGACAAUAAUCUAAACUCAAUAUUCUACGAGCAUUUAACUCGUUCACUGCAACACUACCUGUGCGGAGACCUAAUGCUCGGGAGAUGGGGACAAGUGCAACAGGGAGAUUGCUUCGUAUUAGCGUCGGACUACUUGAACUGUCUGGUCCAUAUCGUGGAGAUGGGAAAUGGUUUGGUCUCGUUUCAACUGCGAGGUCUCGAGUUCAGAGGGACGUAUUGCCAGCAGAGGGAGGUUGAGGCCAUAUCUGAGGGACCUGAAGAACUAAGCGAGGGCGCGUGCGGCGCGCGCUGGCUGUGCGGCGGGCGCGUGCUGGCGCCGGGCGCGUGCUGGGCGCUGCGCUGGCUGGCGUGGCAGCUGGCGGCCGCGCGCUACGUGCUGGAGGGCUACUCCGUCACCGACAACAGCGCCGUCUCCAUGCUGCAGGUCUUCGACUUCCGGAAGGUUCUGCUCACCUACUAUGUCAAGAGCAUUGUUUACUACACAAUUCAGUCGAAUAAGCUAGAGGAGUGGUUGUCAUCACCCGAACUUAGCGAGGCACUAAAGCCGAUGGGAGAAAGAUCGUUCGUCGACUUGGAUCCGAUCUUCAAUGUCAAUCUCGAUGAGGAUUACGAUUUUCGAGCGUCUGGAAUUACUAGGAGCCGCUUCUGCGCCGUGUACCAGGAGUGGGCGGUGCACUGCGCGGCGCGGCGCGGCGCGGGCUGGAGGCGGCGCGCGGCGGCGCGGGACUCGCCGCUGGUGACGCUGUGCUUCGCGCUCAGCCUGCUGGGCCGCCGCGCGCUGGCCGCCGCGCAGCACCUGUCCGCCUCCAGCGUGGAGUUCUUCCUGUACGGACUGCACGCGCUGUUUAAGGGCGACUUUCGAAUCACGUGCGCUCGUGACGAGUGGGUGUUCACGGACGUGGCGCUGCUUCACUCCGUACUGGCGCCCGCCGUACGCAUGGCUCUCAAGCUGCACCAGGACCACUUCAUGUUCCCCGAGGAGUACUGCAGCAGCGCGGCGCUGUACGCGGCCAUCUCGUCGCACUCGCAGCGCCUCGUCAUCUGCCACGAGGCGGCGCCGGCGUGGCGCUACAACGUGCUCCGCGGCGCCCCGCACCUGCUGGCGCUCAGGCACGUGAUGGACGAGGGUAACGACGACUACAAGAUAAUAAUGCUGAACAAGCGUCACCUCGGGUUCCGCGUGAUCAAGUUGAACCGCGAGUGCGUGCGCGGCCUGUGGGCGGGCCAGCAGCAGGAGCUCGUGUACCUGCGGAACAGGAACCCCGAGAGGGGCUCCAUACAGAACGCUAAGCAGGCUCUCCGCAACAUAAUCAACUCGUCGUGCGACCAGCCGAUCGGCUACCCGAUCUACGUGUCGCCGCUGACGACGUCGUACGCGGACACGUCGCCGCAGCUGUGCGAGCUGGCCGGCGGCCCGCUCACCGUGCGCGCCAUCCGCGACCAGCUCGUGGCGCUCUGGGGGCGCGUGCGGCGGCGCUGCGGCGAGGGCUGCUCCAGCGGCGCGUGCGAGGCGGCGGCGGCGGAGGCCGGGCGCGCGCCCCGCGUGCCGCCGCGCCCGCCGCUGGCGCCGCGCGCCGCCUCGCUGGGCGGUACGCGCGGCAGCCUGUCGAGUGCGGGCAAACCCACGUCGUCCACGCUGGCGUCGCUGGCGGGCCUGCUGCGGGAGCACGCGCACGAGCGGCCGCCCGACGAGCCGGCGGAACAGCGGCGUGAGGAGAGAAGCGCGAGGCGUGAGCGAAGCCAGCGGGCUCGCACUCAGGUGCGUGGGAAUGUAUACCCGUGUAAUCGAACCCGCGUCCGACGUGAGAUCGCUCUCCCCGCGUCGUUCAGAUUGCUCGCAGCCUCCGACAACCUCCGGCCCCUGGACCACGCCGACCCGAGGGCUGGAGACGAUGGACAGAGUUCUACCGCUGGGUGGGAGUUCGCAUGGCGAGAGCAACCGCGCCGGGCUGCUAGUGCUAAGGUGUCGGGGUCGCGCGGGUCGGGCUCGGGCUCGUCGCUGGAGGAGGCCAGUGGGCUGGACGUGUCGCUGCCCGACUGCAAGAUCAUCGCCAACAGGAACGCCAGAUAUUUCCUCAACGAAGGGACGUCGAAGGAUCUCUCUAGACUGAGCAAGGAGAUCCGUCACGAAAGGGAAAGUUACCGCGAACUGACCGGGCGUUACAUAGAGAAACCGGAAGUUAUUCCAUUGAAGGAGACGCACUACUCGGACAUAUCUAACAAAGAAAAUGGCAUGAAGAAGGAAGCGAAAAAGGAACCUAAACCAAAGGAGAUAAAGGCUAAGAUCAAACGAUCAGACUCCGGUCGGAGUGAAUUGAAGACAAACAUAAGCGUGGGGAGUAAGGUACUAAUAGUGGAGCCGCUGGGUGUGUACGAUUGUAUCAACUUGGGUCGCAGGAUCGACGUGCUGUGGCCGUCGGAGUACCAAAGAGAAAGGGGGGGUAGGAAUUACUGGGGCAGUUGGGUGCCCAUGGCUGGGAUGGAUGGAUUGGUGGUACACAAGUGGAGUCCGAACCACCGCGACCCGAAGCUACGUUCGCACGUCGACAAGAGCAUUUUAUUGCUACAACUGGAUGACAGAUUCGUUCCCAUCGCCGAGACAUGUGUUCAAGACCUAGGUGAUGAGGUCUAACUUGAAAUAAAACAAUAUCUAUCUAGAAUUAUGUAUAACGAACUCGUGUGUACGUGACUCGCAAUAACAGAGCGAUCAGAAGCAAUUGCUGCUGUCAAAUUGCAAUUCGAAAGCGAUCGUCUAGCGAUCUACAGUACUUAUGAACAUAUGGUUUGAUAAAACACUUCUGCAAGUUUGAAGUGUAGUUGUAUAUGAAUCUAAUGACUUUAUAAAGUGUUAAUAUGGUGUCUUAUAUAUAUUUAAAAAAUGUUAUUUGUGAGUCAUAAAAUAUAAAAAUAUCUAUGUUGUUCAAUACUUGGAAAUACGUAUAUGUAUAGGCUUGUUCUACUCCAAAACGAAAUUUAAAGCUUUACUUGUAACGUUAAAUGUGAAAAAAAUGUGUUAAAGAACUUUGUCAUCGAUAGAGAAAAUUGAAUAUUAUAUAAGGAAGGAAA